AUGAGAAAGGAGAGCAGGUUGAUUCGGUGGAUCUGGUGGAUCGUUGCAGUGAUGGCUUUGUUCUUCCUGGGCUUCAUCAUAGGUUGGUUUGCAAAGCCCACACAUCCACACACUGCAGACGACAAUGUUUCCAGCAAAUACCUGAGGGAGUUUCUGGAUGAAAUGCAGCCAAACCAGAUCAGAGGGCACCUCAGGAAAUUUACCCGUCUCCCCCACCUGGCUGGUACGGAGCAGAACCUGAAGUAUGCAGAGCAGAUCAAGGCAGAGUGGCAGGAGUUUGGCCUGGACUCGGUGGAGAUGGUGCCUUAUGACGUCCUGUUGUCCUAUCCCAACAAAUCCCAACCGAAUUACAUCUCCAUAGUUGAUCAGCAUGGCAAUGAGGUUUUUAACACGUCCUUGUCAGAGCCGGUUCCAGAGGGUUAUGAAGAUGUUUCUAACAUUGUGCCUCCAUACAGUGCUUUCUCCCCCAAGGGACAACCUGAGGGAGAUUUGGUUUAUGUGAACUAUGGUCGCACGGAAGACUUCUCCAAGUUGCAGAGGGAGAUGAACAUCAAUGUGACUGGAAUGAUUGUCAUCGUCAGAUAUGGGAAAAUAUUCAGAGGCAAUAAGGUGAAGAACGCCAUGUUGGCUGGAGCGAAGGCGAUCAUCAUGUUCUCAGACCCAGCAGAUUACUGGGCCUCCGGAGUCCAGCCGUACCCUGAGGGCUGGAACCUGCCGGGUGGAGGAGCUCAAAGAGGAAAUGUUCUGAACUUGAACGGAGCCGGAGACCCACUCACACCCGGGUAUCCCGCUAAAGACUACACAUACAGACUCAGCCCCGAGGACGGAGUGGGACUUCCCAAGAUUCCUGUGCAUCCCAUUGGCUUCCACGAUGCAGCUCACCUGUUGAGGAAUAUGGGAGGACAGAUUCCACCCAACAACUGGAAAGGAGCUCUGAACGUCUCGUACAGGAUUGGUCCGGGCUUUAUCGAAGAUUUCAAGAGUCAGAAGGUGCGUAUGAACAUCCACACAAACAACCAGGUGACCAGGAUCUACAACGUCAUUGGCCGGAUUAGAGGAGCUCUGGAGCCAGACAGGUAUGUGAUUCUGGGAGGACACCGGGAUGCCUGGGUGUUUGGAGGAAUAGAUCCCAUGACCGGGGCUGCAGUCGUCCAUGAAACUGUCAGGAGCGCCGGCCUGCUCCUCCAAAAAGGCUGGAGGCCGAGGAGGACGAUAAUAUUUGCCAGCUGGGACGCUGAGGAGUUUGGACUGCUUGGAUCUACAGAAUGGGCAGAGGACAACGCUAAGCUGCUGCAGGAGAGAGCUGUGGCCUACAUCAACGCAGACUCUGCCAUAGAGGGUAUGUACACACUGAGGGUGGACUGCACUCCGUCUCUAAACACUCUGGUGUAUGACAUCACCAAGCAAAUAGCAAGUCCAGAGGAAGGUGAGGAGGGCGUCUCUCUGUACGAGAGCUGGCACAAGCGGGACAACUGGACCAUGGACCGGGAUGCACCCAGAAUCAGUAAACUCGGCUCAGGCAGUGAUUUCGAGGCCUAUUUUAUCCGUCUGGGAAUCGCUGCAGGCAGAGCCAGAUACACAAAGAACAGGAUAACAGAGACCUACAGCUCUUAUCCCGUCUAUCACAGUGUGUAUGAAACCUUUGAGAUCGUGGAGAGGUUUUACGACCCCUCCUUCAGAAGGCUGCGGGCAGUGGCCCAGGUGAGAGGCGGCCUCGUCUUCCUAUUGGCCGAUUCCCAGCUGCUGCCUCUCAGUGCCGACCAGUACGCAGACUCACUGGGGAAGUACGCACAGAGAGUCGCCCAGUUGGCACACAAGCACCAAGCAGAGAUGGAGAUGUUCGAGGUGUCGUUCGACGCUUUGUUUUCUGCAGUGGAAAACUUCACUGUUGCAGCCAGGGGUUUCCAUGAGCGUCUGCAGACCCUCAACAGAGCAGAUCCUCUGCAGGUUCGCAUCAUGAACGAUCAGCUUAUGUAUCUGGAGAGAGCCUUUAUAGACCCCCUGGGUUUGCCUGGUAGACCCUUCUACAGACAUGUGAUAUUUGCUCCCAGCAGCCAUAAUAAAUACUCAGGGGACUCAUUCCCUGGGAUCUAUGAUACACUGUUUGACAUCAAGAACUCAGCUGACCCUCAGGCCUGGGAGGAAGUCAAGCGUCAAAUCAGCAUCGCUGCGUUCACCGUUCAUGCUGCUGCUAUGACCCUCACACCACCUGCUUGA